GCAUGUAGUAGAGUCAAACCCAUCUUUAUCUCUCUUUAAAGGUCUCUUCUUCUUUCACUCUCUCCUUAACAAUGGCUUCUUUGGAGCUUGCUCGAACAGUUGUGGGUAUCAUAGGAAACAUCAUAGCACUGUUCUUGUUCUUGUCUCCAGUGCCAACUUUUGUCACGAUAUGGAAGAAGAGAUCGGUCGAGCAAUUCUCGCCGAUCCCGUACCUCGCGACGCUUGUGAACUGCCUAGUUUGGGUGCUCUACGGCCUUCCACUGGUGCAUCCAGGAAGCCUUCUAGUCAUCACCAUUAACGGAGCUGGAAUCCUAAUCGAGAUCACUUAUAUAAUCCUCUUCUUCGUCUUCUCCGACCAGAAGAAGCGGGUGAAAGUCGUGAUCGUGUUGCUCAUCGAGCUCGUCUUCAUCACACUUCUGACCCUUCUGGUUAUGCUCAUCUUUCAUACUCAUACCAAACGAUCCAUGGUGGUUGGAACUAUCUGCAUUCUCUUUAACAUUGGCAUGUAUGCUUCUCCGUUGGCCGUCAUGAAAUUGGUGAUUAAAACAAAGAGUGUGGAGUAUAUGCCUCUAUCCCUCUCCGUUGCUUCUUUUGCCAAUGGUGUGGCUUGGACUAUUUAUGCUUGCCUCCCGUUUGACCCUUAUAUUUUGAUUCCAAAUGGGCUGGGCACACUGUUUGGGCUGGCCCAAUUGACACUCUAUGCCAGCUUUUACAAAUCAACAAAGCUCCAAAUACAAGAAAGGGAAGCUAAAGGGCAGGUGAUUUUAUCAGAGGUGGUCACCAAUGGAAAGUCUUGGAAGAAAGACAGCAUUGAGACUGGGAAUGGUAGAGCUCAGGUCCAUGGAGCUUGAUGGACACGAAGCAUCUCCACCGUCCAUCUGUCACUUUUUAUAAUUAUAUACAGAUAUGAAAACAAAAA